CGCUUUUACUUUUUCACAGGUGAAAUGAGGAGAAUUGUUGGUGUUAAGUUAGUUGUAGGUGGUGGGCCUGAUACUAUCGAUAACGUCAAAGCAUCCGUUGGAAACAAGAUGCCAGUUAUUAUUUUUAAAGGAACAGGCUUUGCUGCGGAAUUAUUUAUAUUUGCUUACGACUUGAAACCAUUAGAAAAUUGCAAUCUGAGGGAUUUGGAACAACAUCAAAAAUUAGUUGAAUUAAUUGGGGAGACAUUUCCAGAUUUCACAAUAGCAAAGAGAAUUAAAUAUUACGAGACAAUCAUGGAAUGCAUGCUUUACAAAGAUCAUAUUACUUUGGCUUCUUUUGAUGAUGGUACUAAGCUUGAUCAGAUGAUUCUCAAUGCAUUCUUGCAAGUUUACAAAGCCUCUGAAGCUACGCGAACCAAUGAUGCAAAUUCUUCCAGUAUCAGCAAUCAGUUAAAACUGGCUAUUCAUUGGGGAUGUUGCGAUUAUGUGGAACUGUUAUUGAAGGAAUUUGAUGAUGAAUUGAAGGAUUUAAAAAAGGACGCCAGUGAUACAAAUAUUGAUAUUAUCGUAGAUAAUUUGCUACACGCGAUAUCAAUUUCACGACACGACGAAGCACGUGUCUUGCUAGAAUACACGCUUGAUUAUUAUAAAGGAGAUUUAAAAGGUGUGGUUACUGAGGAAAAAAUACUAUGGUUGUAUCAGAAAGUAAGAAAUCCUUGUUUCCAUUCCUCCAUUAUUUCUUUGGGGUACUGUGUUAGAUUAAAAUUAUAUGAUUUAUGUUUUUUUCUUUCGCAUAGAAAUACAAGAAGAAGAAAAUCAACAUUUUGCAUUUGCUCACAGAUACGGAAAAGAAGGUAUGGUAAAUAUCUUCCUAAACUUAAAUUUUUUUUCUUUUAUCUAUUUAAUUUUCCUUUUAUAUCCUGUAGUUAGUUUUCAACUGGUAGAUUUGAAGGGGAACUGUAUUUCAUUUUCCCCUUUUCUUUGAAUUCUUCAUCUUUAUACAACAUUUUGCACACAAAAUUUAACAAAUCAUCAUCAGGAGUUUUCCUACUAAUGAAGCCAGCGAGAAAAUGACGGAGGGGUGGGGGAGAUUACUAAGUAAUAGAAUAGAACUUAAUACAAGCUACAACUAAACAUCGAAAAAUCCUGGUAUAAUUUUCUUUGUCUAUGGUGCAAAUAUUUGUGCCAAAACAAAUGAAGAAAAUACAGAAAACUGUAAAAA